UCUGCUGGGUGAAACGAAAAGAAAACGGAGGAUGAAAACUGGUUAAACAUCAACCCAGUUUGGAUAAGAUGCCCUACCUAUACCCCAAUGCCAAGACUUUCUCGGCGAAUGCGCUAUUGCUGUAGUCAAAAUGGACUGAACGAUGUUGGUGCGUCGUACCGAUGGGUUCACUCGGGGUUCAUGUCUCAACAUGGCGCAAAAAGUACACGUUUACGGUUGACUGAUGGUGGAAUGAUCUACUUUUCUGCACUUUUUGGUUUUGUUCGAUGACCUACGAUAUUUUUAGCGGCCCGCAUCUUGUCCGCACACUGUUCUUUACCUUGAAUUCUUGGCACUCAGUGGACCAAUUCUUAAACUCUGGCUGUUUCCAAGUCCAUUUUCUCAGUCUGGUCUGGACACUCUUUGAAGUUCCAUCUGUAUACCUCAUCUGAUAUACAAUCCCACAAUGCGCUUCUCGUCGAUUGUUCCGCUGGCCUUUGGACUGCUAACUCUCCAAAACGGAUUCGUCAAUGCAUUGCCCCAAGCUACUAGCACUACAUUGGACCCUGCUCCCACAGUCCCAGCUCUUCCCGACAACUAUGAAACUCUCGCAGCCGUGGAGAAAAAAGAUCUGAUAUGGGACAGGAUUCAAGGUACAUCUAAUUCCUCGCAAAACUGGAAUGGAAUUGCGGAGAGUGCCUGGCUUUUGGCUACCCUACCUCCGAGACCUCCGUUCGAUAUGGCAAGUGACGUGAUGGUUCCUGGACGGAAGAAGUUUAUUCGAAACCGCGGUGCGCACGCUCUCGUUAAACUUGUCCCAACCGAGGCUGCAAAACAAUACACGGGCAUCUGGGCUACUGGUGCACAAAACGGUCUUAUCCGUCUGACGACGCUUGACGAACCCCCAAGCAACCCUAAGCCAGAGGACAUAGUCAUUGCCCCUGGUGGUUCCAUCAAGUUCUGGCGAGAUGGCAUCCCUUCCACAAACUUAUUUUUCAUCUAUAGUUUGGAAGGCCAGACCAGUUGGAAUUACUUUGAGAACCCGUGCAGCAACCAUCUCGCGCCGCCCAAAGAGCUAAAGACCAAGGUUGGAAAGAAGUUUAACCAACGAGUUAGCCACUACUCAGAAAUGACGGGAACCUCUGACUUGGCAAAGUUUACUGCCGAUGGAAAACCAGUUCCACAGCCCAAAGCACCAUUCCAGAUCUGGUUGGUGCCCGCAGCGGGGCUUAAAGCCAACCCUCCGCCGCUGACACCCGAAACAGCUUCUGCCAAUUUUGCAUCCCACUUCAGCGCAAUUCCCGAGGGGAGUACCAUAUACAGCAUAUGGGCUAUCCCGGAGCCGCAGUCCCCGUAUAAAGUGGACACCGUAUACCACCCCGAAACCCUUCCCAACGCAACACACAUUGCUGAUGUGGUCAGCGAGUCCAAGUUCACUCCUAGUUAUUACGGUGACGCGCAUUUGCACUUUAAGCACACUUCCUUCGAUUCCGAUUUGGAAUUGAGGCCUGAAUGGCGCGAAAUUGUUCGCAGUGUCCGUGAUUAGUCUGUUUAGACAUGCCAGAAUUUUUUAGAGGCGCUGGACGCAUUAUUGUCAAGACAUUUUCGUUCUUAGUAGUUAGUUUAGAUUGUUAAGUGCUAUAGAUCUAUGCCAUAUAUAGAUUCAAGAAAAGAUGAUUGCAGAUUAAACACCACAAA